GCAGUGGCAUCUUGCGCAUUUCAAAAGUGAGUCGCGCUCCGUGCAGCAAGUGGUUGUGUUGUUGUUAUCCGCUGCGGAAGUAGCGAAGACGGCAUUUGUUUAGAUCGUAGCUACAAAUCGCGUUCCAGCAGACAUCAUGAAGAACUUAGAGCCGCUAAGUGUGAUCACUGUGACAUGCGUUUUCCUAACUUGCCUCUACCAAGUGAUGGCCAUCAAGUGUUACCAGUGUAGCACCAGUGAGGAUCCCAAGGGCGAAGACCAUUGUGGAGCAUACGCCUACUAUGACAAGACCAAGAAUACGGCUGUUGAGUGCUUGGGGGAAGAGGCCAAGGCACUAGGCACCUUCUGUUACAAGCGUAUCAUGCAGGGGCCUAGAGGCUUUAUCUGGGAUGGCCGGUGGAGAAGUGUGGAGCGACGCUGUGCCCAGAUCUCGGAGCGGGGUGUCAACUGGGGUUGCGACUGGGGCUACCAUGAAAAUGGCGUCUACUGGGAAGAGUGCUAUUGUGCUGAGGACAGCUGCAAUGGUGCUGACCACCUUAAUGUCCGUUCGCUGCAUGCCCUGCUGGUGUUGUGUGGAAGCCUUGCAUUGCUCAGGCAUCUUAAUUUCUUCUGAUUGGUGACAACUGAUCAUGCUGCUUGUCCUUGCACUACUUAAUAUGCUUUGUGUGAGGAGAAACCUUGCAAAAGUUGGUGACCUAGGCAGGAAGGUGCAUAGGGGAAAGUCUUGUGGUUUUGCCUUACUCCUAACCACAUGGGUCUGAUGCAUUGUACAGUAUGCCUUUGCAUCCUGAAUCUGUUGACCCUGUGUUAUUGAAAUCCUUCCAUAAGUGAUGCUUUAUUUUUGCAGUCACCUGCAGUUGUGUGUAUUUUGGCUCAUUAUUCAUGGCAACAUGUGAGAGAACCUGUUUUACUGCAAGGACAUUGAGCACACACUCAUAAAGAUGAGCGCAUAGGAAGCAUAGGGCCAAUGGCACUUUUGUUAUAAAAUGAUUGAGUGGGCCUGAUGCUUCAAACCUGUGUAUGUGUGGCAUUAGGAAGUAAGUAGUACCACAUUUAUGAUUGAUUUGGUCUCUGUUGGAAGGCACAGCACUUUGUGAGAUGUGCAGCUUCAUUCUGAAAAAAACAGCCCCCCCCCUCCAGUAAUGAGAGGCUAUUAUUUAGUUAUAGCUUGAAGUGCUUGCAGUGCUUGAAAUGCUGUCCUUGAACAUCUAGAUGAAGAAAUUUAGCUUUGCGGACUGUAAAAUUUGUUGAUGUACUGAGCUUAUUUUAUUGUAACCACAGAUAGUAAUGCUCCGUCCAUUUUGUACAUCUUAUCUUUUAUUGCGAGGUUUGAUAUCUCGUGAUUUUAGCCACUGUGUCAUAUUGUGCACAGUUUAUAUACCUUGUGCAUCUUUUCAUGCAAAUAUCAAUAUAUAACUGUGAAAGCAUUAUUAGAGUUCAAGUGCACUAGAUCAUGUGGAGUUGUAUAGUUUUCUGCAGAAUUCUGAACCACAAAAAAACAUUUUGUGAGCCACGGCCCUUUCAAGUAAACUUGGGUCUUUUGGGCUCAUAUCUGUGUUCUUUUGCUAAAUGAUAUUGCUGUACAGAAACUUUUGCUUCCUUAGAUCUCAGGAAAUCUGGCAUUUGCCAGAUUUCCUGAGACCUAAGGUUGUUUGUUUAUUUUGACGUACGAGACCAGAAUUGUAUGCUGUGUUAAAGUGAAAUCAUGAAAUUGUAUACAUUACUAUAUUUGGCUGAACAGUAUACCGAGGGUUGAUUAGUGACUCUAUUACUUUAUUAGUGCAACUAUGUUAUCUGAACUGUAACAUUCACUGAUGUGUAUUUACCUUGGGUAGCUAAGAAUUGUAAUUUAACCCUUUGACAUGCUAUGUACACAAUUGUGUACACCACUUGUUUUUGCCAUUUGUAAUGACUAGGGGCUAAGAGAGAGCAAGAUACAUUGAGCUUUGGAUGAAAUGAACCUCCUGCAUGGUAAAUUUGUCUUCAUUUAACUUCAUUUUGCAGUGUACUGUAGUAUAUGAUCAGUUUGCUGAAGACACUACACUGUUCAACGUGCCUUCCCACGAGCCACGUCAGAAGUAUAAUUUUUCUUUCCUCCGAAUGGACAUACCUGAAAACAAAUGUUCACUAUAUUUCUGGUAUAAGAUUUCAUUAUAUUAAUGCAAAAACUGAGCAUGAAUUACUUCACAAUAAGUAGAUAUUUAAUUACAAUUGAAUUAGAAUUACUAUAAAACACAUAAAUUAAUGCAUUAUGACAUUAUUUUUGUUGCAAUAGAAUAUGAAGUGCCUUGAAAUAACGUAUUGAUUUGACGCAUUUUACAGACAGUUCUUUUUAAGUGGCGUCUGAAAGUGUUAAGUAACGUUGUGCUAGCUUGCAUUAUCUUUUCUGUGGUGGAGGGAUGUGUGAGAGCUGACUGUGAUUUAUUGCUGAUAAAGAGCUUAACCUUGUGCUCUCUUCGAGGCUUCCCCAUAAGAUACGUUUGUCACACUAAAUAGCUGUUGUAAUUUCCAGUUGGCUUUGCUUUUCGGUGAAACUGAUCACAGAUGUUUGGUCAAACGUUACUAAAAUAAGACUGACUAUGUGAAGUUUUUCAUGAAAACAUCUGCAUACACGAUGCAUGCCCACCUCUUAUUGCUUGUCUUAUUGGGCAUUCUUCGUGGAAAAAUUGUGUGCAUGCUUAUGCUCUCUGCUUCGAGGUUACUGUGGUAACUUGCUAUGGUAAUGCACCUCCCAUAAGACACCCGGUGACUGCAAACUUUGUGGCAUAUCUUGUGUGUAGCCUGAAUGUAAGAAUAUGUAAUGAAUAAUAUAGUAUUUUAAGCUUCCAGUGAUAAAACUCCUAGCUCUUGGUCCAAUGUCUCAAUGCAAGCAAGGCCGGGUGCCAGUGUGAAAAUGCAUGCAGUACAAAAGAUGGCUAAGAGGUGUUUAGCGCUGGACGAAUAAAAUAAUGCACAGGCUAAUGGUCUGUUUUAAGCGAGAUCUGCAAGAAAAGUUCAUGUGCUGCCAUUUUACCUGCAGCAUGGAAAGGCUUUAUUCGAUAGAACAACAGGGAACAAGGAGUAGGCAGCUCUUUUGUGUGUGCAUAUCACCCUGAGUUCAGCUGAGUGUAAAUUUGCUAACCUCAACUCUCAACGUCAUAGUAGUGAAGCCUGUGAGGUGAGUUCUAUUCGGGGCUAAAUUCACUGAGGGCUCAUUACAAACAACAAAUAACCACAUAAUAUCACUGUACAGUGACGCUCGAGCGAUGUGGAAAAGUUCAUUGCCUUCUAGCCUAAUGUAUUCACUCUUUGAAGAGUGCUUUCCAGUGCUGUUUUGUGGCUCAUGCUUUGGUAACACAUUCCAUUUUUUGUCUGCAAGGUUAAUGAAAACUUGUACAUACAUUUUACUUGAGUCUGCACAUAUGUUCACAUAAGCUAUUUUACAUCAAAGUUUAUUUUAGAAGUAUUUCUGUCCAAUAUUAUUCCUCAGUAGAGAUUUAUUCAUGCAUGUAUGUAUGCCUUUCGGAGUACUAUUUUACCAGAACCAUUCCGUCCAUGAUGUAUAAGCUAGUUUUAUGGGUAGUAUAUGGUUCAUUACAUCAUCCUUUUCAUUGUUUAACCAGGAAGAGCAGGCAUCUGCUCUUUUGAUGAUCGUACUGUUCAUUGACUUGGCUUCCUUAAUACAGCGUCUUAGAUCCAUGAUGAUCGAGCUACAGAUUCUUUUAUAGUUUUUGUUUUACAAUAGAGGAAGUGAUGCAGUUCUCAGUUGCUAAUUGAGAAUAGCCUUUGCAAUGGUUUGAACUAGUUUGUUUGUGUUGAUGGAACGCGUUUAGCAUUGAGUUUGUGAUGCUUUUAUUAAAGAACUAGCACAGGCGAAGUGAUCAGUGGCCUGAAACGGAGCAAGCGCGAGCACCAACAACAACCGUCCUUGUCUUCACCUUUCACUGGCGCUCCGGUCUGCGCCAUAUCCAUGCUACAAAUCACUCCCUCCAGGCCCGUAGCCAGGAAUUUUUUUCGGGGGGGCACUUGCUAUUUGAAAAAAACACCUAUUUUAAUAUUUAUUUUUGGUAAAACACCGUGUAUCAUAAAAAUUUCGGGGGGGGGCCCCCCCCCCCCAGGCAAUGGGCCUGACUCCCUCGCAGAAAAGGAGCCGUCAUGGCGACCUAAUGAACAGGUACGAGUGGCGGGUCAUAGUGCGGCUUCAGUCGGUCAACGUGAACAGUGUCGCGGCUGUGACGGUGGCGAUCUGUGGAUGAUUGAACAAGCUCAACAUUAUAGUUGACCAGGAAUGCUUGACGUAGGACGUGGUAGGGGCCUUUGUACUUUGACAGUACUAGCUUUGUCGAAAGGCCAGAAGCAGAGGAGGGAACGAGACGCCACACCAAUGUUCCAGGCGAAUAUGACUGAGGAGGCAGGUUUUCAUCUUGACGGUUCUUCUGGCGUGCUUCGUCUUUUGUGGUAAAAGAACGUGCGAGUUGCCUGCAUUCCUCAGCAUAGGUGGCGACUUCAGAUAGAGUUGUGGACUCAGAAGUGUCCGGGCAAUACAGAAGAAUAGUAUCCAUAAAUGAGGAAGGUUUGCGGCCAUAAGGAAGGAAGAAGGGAGGGAAUCCUGCUGUAGACUGAGUGGCGCUAUUGCAAGCGUACGUAAGCAUGUAAGCGUGUAAGCGAGAGGUACUGGGAUCGAUACCCAUCACUUCCACCGCUUGAUGGUACGCGUUUAGCGUCGAGUCCGUGACACAUUUAUUAGAGUACUAGCGCAGGCGAAGCGAUCAGCGGUCCAAAACGGAGCAAGCUUGAGCACCAGCAACAACUGUCCUCGUCUUCAUCUUUCACUGGCACUCCUGUCUGUGCCAUAUCUAUGCUACAGUGUCUUUAAUGUGCAUGUGACAUUAAUGGGCACAGUCUCAUAGCAUGCUGCUAAGCAGGAAAUCACAGUGCGACAGCAUGCCUAUAUAAACAGUACUUUGCGGAGUGUGACUGGCGAAGAUCCACAGAGUGCAUCAAGUUGCAUAACAUUGGCUAGUGUGGAAGUACGUAAGAGGAUGGAUUCAGUACAGAGGUUUGCUAUGCAUUCAUUGUGUGUGGAAGACAGUAAUGGCUGAAUAUACAAAACAAAGUAUUUAUUUGGCCUUGUCUGUACGGACAGCAUUGCCUGGUUGCUUUUAUAAUGUUUGAAUGUUGUUGCAUAAGUAUUGGUGCGAGGUAUACUGGUAGACCUUUCUUUUAUUUAUUUUAUAAUUGUUUUUGUUUCUUUUUUCUUGAUGUAGAAGGGUGGGGGCGGGAGGAAUGCAGAGGCACACUAUGCACACACUCAAAUGUAAAAAUUUUGGGAUAACACUAAUUAUUGCACUUUUCUGUAUUGUGUCAGUGAUGUAUCAAUGAUUUCACUGUUGCUUUGUUUAUCGAGAGAAUGCAAGCUUUAUAUGUGCUAGAAAUAUUAUAAGAGCUACAUUAUAGCUCUUAUCCUCACUAGUACAUGACAUAUGGAAAUUUUCUAUGAAAUCGCUUGUCUUAUUAUUAGCAUGAUCAAGAGAUGUUCUUCAUCUUUGACUUCCACUCCAUAAUUGAACAUUGACAAUUUUUUACAAAGUUGCUAAGAAUGUAUACUAAAUGGCAAGGUAGCUGAUGACUCCUGCUUCUGAUUUAGUAGAGUUGGGUGUCUUAGUAAGAAACAUUCCACUGACCUCUGUCUAGCUACAUUUGGCUAGUGUAUGCUCUGAUGUGUUUGGCAGAAUGCGUAAUCUUGGUGGUGAAGGUAGUGUGAGAAAACAAGGACAAAGAAUUAGACUAAACGCCGCAAGUGCUUACUCGGAACUAAUGAUUUAUUGAAAGAAAUGGACAGUUGAAGGCUGAAAGAACCAGCUGUGCUGCUCUAGCAAUUGAACAAUCACCACGUCUUAAAAUUGGGGCACAAAGGAAAGUAGGAUGUUGCAGUUUUUAACGUCGACUCGUUUCAGGCAACAAAUGGGGUUGAUAUAGGACAGUCACCAGCACUAUGCAAUACUGAUGACAAUGCAGACAACAUGCUUAAACAUUUAGACAAAUAAUGAGGGUUGUGUUCCAAUAAAAAGAUAAAACAAAGGGGAGAAUUUAUUCAAGUGGUGUAAUUUUCAUGGCUUCUGUUAACUGGUCAUAUUGAGGUGUGUGUUGAGGUCACCUUUUCUUGCUCACAGCUACCAUGUCUCAGAAGUGGUGGUCAUGGAUUUUUUUAGUGUGAAUGAGUAUCUGUGUGAGUCAUCGUGACGCGAUGUAUGUCAUCUCUGGACACAUGUUGAAUCUCAUUUACUUCAGAAUUGUUGUACAAUGUGCUCUCUUUCUCACUAGCAUUUAUUGUGCUUGCACGUAUUUGAAGCGAUACUCUAAAAACGUUGUUCAUCUCAAUGGAGAAUGCAAAAGAUACCUUAAAUGAGCCAACUAAUUCUUACGCAUGCUAGGAGUUAGUUGAUCAUGCAAUGUGCAGGCUAUGCUGAAAAGGCCUUGGCAUAAUGUGAGGUAGUAUUGUUGCCUUAAAAAAAUAGGGCAGGAAUGUGAAUCUCUGACUUUUGCACCUUCUAUUUUGUUGCUGUCUGGCUACUGUAUGUUGCUUCAUAGUGGAAUUUAAGCCGGUGCUGUUAUUUGAUUGUAUAUUUGAUUUUGUCUAUCCACUUUUACAUUCCAUGACGAAGUUUAUCAGUAAUGUUUCUGGUGAAUGUUGGCAUGUAUGAUGUUCAAGCAAGAAUUUACCAUAAUAAAUGCAACAUUUUUACGAUUUGAAA